AACUGAUCCUCCAGACUUCACUCAUCCUGUGACACUCUGAUUAUCAUUAACAGUCUCUCUAUUAUAGCCAGCGAACACAAUGAGAAUCACCAGCUCAUCACACACUGAGCGUCUGUCAGGGAUCUGUGGCGUCCGGCCUGCAGGAGGAACUGAAAGCAGACCGACAGUUCCAGCCGGACACAGAUUCAAAGACACCGUUGCGUCCGACAGCGAAAUAAAUCCGGCCAUAGCGACAAACUGUUGACAAGCUAACAGGCUAACAAGCUAACAUAGAUCAGGCGGUAACUUAAGGAGCUAAACUGCUAACAGGCCAAUAUCUUAACAUGCUAGCAAUUAGCAGUGUUUCCCGCUAGCUGCUGCAGCAGAACUAUCAACACAGACUGGAACCAGCUCUCACCCGGUCUGACACGGUCCCGACAGCAUGCAGGCGGAGUUUCGGGCUCCACGGAGACGCGCACGGGUUCAGGAGGAGUACGACGCUCCGCUGCCGGUGAGCCGAGACCCGGAAGAGAGGAGCAACUAUAGGGCGCAGCUCAUCAACCAACACGUGCUGGUCUGCCACCCGGACCACAUCCAGAAGAUCCAUAACCAGGGUUACUUCGGUAAAGGCAUCCUGUCCAGAGCCAGACCAGACCACAGCAUUUCUGACCAAUGGGAGCAACAUGCAGGUCUGUUUCUACCUGUCAUCUCACAGUCCAGAUAUGAGGAGCUGCUCAGGUGGGCGGGUUCAGCUCUCUCUGCUCAGGGAUUGGAUGAAGAGGCUGUCAGUCAGAUGAUGGUCAGACUGUCUCAGCCAGUAGAGAUGGAGGAAGUGAGGAGAGGAGGAGGAGGGGUGGAGGGGGAGGAGAAGGAGGGGCCGGGACAAGAGGGCGGAGUCUGUUGUUCAGAGGUGGAGCAGGAGGCCAAGAGGAGCUGCAGGUUGGACAUGAACCCUGAAUGCGACCCAGAUCCCAGCUCAGACCAAGACUCUGACUCUGACUCUGACUCUGACUCUGACUCAGAUCCUGAUCCUGUGGCUCCAGGUCCUGGUUUUGUCCUGGUGGUCUCAGACAAUGAGUGUGUGAGUGCGUGCGUGCGUGCGUGUGUGUGUUUGUGUCUGCAGGUGUGUGUGGGGCUCAGGGAGGUCCGGCGGUCUCCGCUCGCUCUCACAGAGUAUCUGCAGCUCAGUCUGGAGGAGGCCUUCUUUCUGGUUUACAGUCUGGGCUGCCUGUCUGUCUACCUGCACCAGGAGCCCCUAUCAAUCAUCCAUCUGUGGAGGAAGUUCCGGUCACUGCGGCCUGACUUUGUCAGCUCAUUUGCAGCCUAUCAGCAUUGUCGGAGCAGGGGGUGGGUCCCUAAAGAGGGGGGCGGGGCCAAGUACGGCGUUGACUUCAUGUUGUACAGGAAAGGACCGCCUUUCUACCACGCCAGUUACUCGGUGGUUGUUGAACGUGUCGACGGUGCGUUCACGGGCUCAGGGUUGCGUCGGUUUUCCUGGCGCUCUCUGGCGGCUCUCAGUAGGAUCACCUCCAAUGUUUCCAAGGAGCUCAUGAUGUGUUACAUCAUUUAUCCUGCCGACCUAUCAGAGGCUGAGCUCGACUCACCUGUCUGCCUGGGCAGGCUGAAGGUUCAGGAAGUUAUUGUCAGCAGGUGGGUUUCCUCCAGAGAGCGAGCCGAGCAGGACGACAUCUGAUGGACCGACAGCAGCUCUGAUGAUGUCACAAAGACACUGAUGGAGGAUAAAAGAAUUUUUCCUGAAAGUUUCAUAAACAUGAAGACAACAUGGCUGUCUGUCGGGGCGUCCAUGAACACAGCAGCUUGGCUUCAGAGUUGAGACGAGUCAGCGAACGUCACGUUUGCUCCUGUUUACUUUAUUAUUAUGUCUUGUAACCGAACCUGCAGCUUCACAGCUUCACAGCGAUGAUCUGCUUUUCUUCAGCACAGCUGGUGAACACACUGGACUGAGAUUCAUCAGGUGACACAAACACGAUCAGCGCAUGAAUCUUCAUGUUGAUCUGAGACGGCUGGACGUGCAAAUUAAACAUGACAUCUGAAAGACACCAGUGGAGAGGAAAAUAAUUAUUCAUUAAAGUUUCAGAAACAAGACGUCAACAUGGCCGUCUGUGAACACACCAGGAAUGUGUUUGAAUUAGUUUGUUUCUGCUGAAAACAGGUGAUGUCAUCAGCAGGUGUUGGAUGAUGUCACCAAUAGGUGAUGUCAUCAUCUUUUAACCUGUCAGAGAGCAUCAUUAAAGGUAGCCAAUCAGCUGCUGUGCAUGUUGUGACUCUGCAGGUGAGACCUCUGAGUGGCUGAUCAGUCAUGACAAGUGUCUGAAGGAUGAAGUGAAACAAAAGAACAAUUCUGAAAUAAAAACAAACUGAAACACAUGAAAUUUUA